GAGUAAGCGCACAGCGGAAUAUUUCUACAGGAUUGUCAAGGAGGAGAUAAAUAGCUUGAAGAACUGCUACAACUCCAAAGAAUUAAAGGAUUGGAAAGAUGAGGAUUUGGCCUGGACGCUCCUAGUGGAUGGCUGUGCAUUGUUGGUUUUCAUGAUCGUUGAUGGGAACAAUAAGUGGGAGGAAUUCAGUGUUCAUAUUGAUGUAGUCAGAAUUGUGAAAGCUGAUUUUUUCUUACUUGAGAACCAACUGCCUUACAAACUUCUUAAGAUAUUGACAGACUCGUUGGCUGAAGCCUCAGGUGUAGGAUUAAUAGGAACUUCUCUUAAGGAGUUAUCCAAGAAAUUCAUCACCAAUUUCAUCAAGAGGAGUUUCUUGGAUCCCAUUCCGCAUCGACAACACCAAAUUGAGGUUGAUGAUUUAGAGUCUCCUCAUCCUGAUGAGCAACAAGAAGAAGAGAAAGACCCUCCUCAUCUUCUAGACUUGUUGCGAAGUAUACUGAUAGUCAAAUCGAAGGAGAAGAGUGAGAAACAGAAAUGGAGUAACGAAGAACAGUGGUUGGAGACACCGGAUGAUCAUAAAAGCAAACAUCAGCCCUCAAUUUGCAGCGUAAAGGAGCUGAAAGGCAAGGGUAUUCGUUUUAAAGCGUGGGAAAGGGAAGUGGCCAUCAGAGACGCUGUUUUCAAUAACUGUUGUUGGGUGCCAACCCUCACGCUGGCUCCAAUUUUUUUGCACAAUACCACCAUGUCAUUGUUGCUGAAUUUGAUGGCGUAUGAGCUGUGUCCGGAUUACAAAGAAGAUUGCGAGAUCUCCUCGCACUUGUCAUUACUCAACUCCUUGAUUGCUGAUGGGGAGGAUGUGAAGGAACUGAGAGAUGCAGGCGUGCUGCACCACCGAUUUGGAAGCGAUAUAGAGGUAGCGGAGCUGUUCAACAAGAUCAGCUACGUCCGCAUGCCAAAUCUUAAGAAGGACUUAAAAUUGAGAGAUGAUAUCAAUGAUUACUGCAAAAAAUUACGCUUCAGCGGUGUAAGGGCCAGCGUCGAGGCUGAUCUCACUCAAACCUAUUUUAAGAGCCCUUGGAGCUUCCUGGUCCUGCUCGCUGCCUUAGCAGGUCUUAUCAUGACAGGAAUGCAAACUUAUUAUAGCUUCCGAGCAUACAAGCCCCACUAGUGAACUUUAAUUACUAUAUGUAUUAACAGCGUUCUUAAAGUAUGUCUUGGGAGCGAUUGGGUUGACCAAAACAAUUUUAUGUA